AUGGAAAAGCAUGUAUCUUUGACAUUACAAACUCUUUGGGACAAGUACACAUUUGAAUCUGAAAUCUCUUAAGGUGCUUUUGGAAUUGUAUAUAAAGUAAAGAAUACAAAGGAUGGGAAGUUCUAUGCAAUGAAGAUACAAGAUCUCAAAAAGCUAAUCAACGAUGUUCCUGAUAACUAUAGCAACGAAUUCAUUAGAAUAUUAAGAGAGAUCAACACUUUUAAAUUGUGCCACUCAAACAUCACAAAAGUUUACGAGUCCUACUUCACAAUCUAAGACUAAUUCGUCAUUAUCACAGAGCUUGCUGAGAAUGAUCUUAAGUCUUACAGAAAGGCCAAUUAGGACAUCAGCAACGGAGAAAUCAUUGAAAUCAUGAUUUAAUUGAUGAAAGGAACCAAUUACCUCCACAAAUAAAAUAUAAUGCACAGAGAUCUGAGUCCUGACAACAUACUUGUUUUUAGGAAUGGAACUGAAUUCAAGCUUUGCGAUCUUGGUCUUUCCACUCCAAAUGUAUAAUCAAAGGUCUAUGUAGGCAAAUAGUAUUUUAAAGCUCCAGAAAUCAAAAUAAGCAAUGAUUCAGAAUACGGUUACAAUCACUAAGUUGAUAUAUGGUCAGCUGGAGUUAUACUUUAUUAUCUAUGCACUGAAUAGUACAACUAUGGACCAAAAAAGCUAAGAUUAGCUGAAAUAAAAUAGCAAGAUCCUUCUUGUGUAUUUACACUUCCUCCAAACAGAAAAAUAUUUGAACCACUAUUAAAUAAAAUGCUUAGACUUAAUCCUCAUCAAAGACCACAAGCACUUGAAAUCAUUUCUGACUUAUGCUAUCUCAUUGGGGAUUCUUUGUAAUAGCAUAUUGAUGAAGAAGAAGUUAAAAUAAAUGAUGUCAAUUCUAAUCCUUUCGCAUUAACUCUUUAAUCACAUACAUCAAAAGUAAAUGAAAUUCUAACUUAGCUUGGAAACUUUAAUUUCACUGCUGUUCAAAAUAUUCAUACUAAUCCUAAUAGAAUCUUUGUUUCAUAAAUCAAAGCUAGUGAUUAUCAAUAUUAAGGAGAAAUAGAUAAUGAUCUAAAAUAACCAGAUGGAAGAGGUAGAAAAAUUACUUUAUCGGGCUAAGUCCAUGAAGGAUUAUGGAAAAAUAAUUAGCUAAAUGGUUAUGGUAGAUAAAUAUUUUAAAAUGGAAGCUAUUAUAUAGGUGAGUUUAAAGAUGGCAACGCUAAUGGUUUUGGGAAGUAUUAUUUUACAAAUGGGAAUGUCUAUAAAGGAAAAUGGCUUUUGAAUAAAUCAGAGGGAUUAGGCUUGUAUAAAUGGAUUGAUGGUGAUUAAUACUUUGGAUAAUGGGUGAAUAAUCAAAAAUAAGGUGUAGGAGUAUUCACUUGCAAAUAUGGAAAUACUUAUCUUGGAUAAUUUGAGAAUAACCAAUAUCAUGGAAUAUUUAUGUACAUUCAAAACGAUGGAGAAUAGAUUCAAAUAAGAAGAUAUGAAAAUAAUGAAUAUGAAGAUACAUUAUUUGAAAUUGAUAAUUCAAGCUCAUGA